AUGUCGAGGAUUCCGCCGACCACCACAAGAAAACCCACACCACAAUUUUGGAGUGCUAGCCAGUGCAAUUCAAUAUUAGUGGAACUUCUUGUGAUUAAAAUGGCUACAUCUUCCCUGAAGGAAUACCUAAAGAAAUAUACCAGUAAUAGCGAAGAAGAGAUGAAAAAGAAGAAGAAGAAGAAGAAGAGAGGGCCUAAACCUGCUGCCACAGGUGUCAUUAUUGUUGAUGAAGAUCCCGUUUGGCAAAAGCCUGUUGACCUUGAAAAAGAAGAAGAUUCAACAGAUGAAGAGAAGCCACAAGUUGAUGAGGGUAUUGAAGUCAAACAUAUGAAAAGACUGGAGCAACUUAGAAUGAGACGGCCUUUUGGUGCCAUUUCUGAGGAUGGAAGUGGUUGGGUUUCUGUAAGUGAUAAUCGUAUACGCACGAGUUCUGAUGAUCAGAAUUCUGACAGUUCUCCUGCUCGCAAAAGCGGGGCAUACGACGAUACCACGCUAAAACUUGAGAGAAAGGAAUUCAGUGCAGUAGAUGCUGAUUUAUCUCCACCAAGGCAGCAUCGUAAAAUUUACCAGCUUGAUGACCAAAAUUCUGAUAUUUCCCCACCUCGCAAAAGGAGGGCUCGUAACACCAGUUUAUCACCAAAACAUGAACAGAGGCCUUCCACUGCUGCAGAUAUAGAUUUAUCUCCACCACGGCAGCACCACAAGCGAUAUCGAAGUCCUUCUCCUCAACGUCAAACAAAAAUACAAUCUUCUGGAGGCCGGAAAGCUCGCUAUGUUACACCUUCACCGGAACGCCUUUCCGAAGCUUUGAAGUCGAAAGGAGAUAUCACUAAUUUGUCCCCACCACGGCGGCAAUGGACUGGUUUUGCAUCUCAAGUUUCAGACCUUUCUCCUCCAAGGAAGAGGCGGAAAGGAUUGACGCAUUUGACAAAGGAGCCAAAGACUGGUUUAGUUAGUGGGCAAGAUAUCAAGGAAGAAAUAUCUAAAAAGAAGGAAAGUGAUUGGUUUAGAGAGAUGGAUCCUACUGUGAGUGGCCGAGAUGCGGAACCCGUGUAUCGCAACAAAGUAACAGGAGAGCGUAUGUCGAAGGACGAGUUCUUAAAAUCACAGAAGAAAGUGCACAAGAAAGAAGAAAAGCCCAAGGAAAUAAAGCUGGAAUGGGGUAAAGGAUUAGCUCAAAAGCGGGAAGCUGAGGCUAGACUGCAAGAAUUAGAAGUUGAGAAGGAUAAACCAUUUGCAAGGAGCUGGGAUGAUCCAGAACUUGAUAAAAUGUUGAAGGAAAAAGUCAGAUGGGGCGAUCCUAUGGCGCAUUUGGUCAAAAAAAAGCAUUUGGAGCAACUUCCAGAUCUAGGUGAGGGUGCAAAGAUGAAAGAAUCGGGAUUCAUAAUUCCCCAGGAAAUCCCAAGUCACAGCUGGAUAAGAAGAGGACUGGAUGCCGCUCCAAACCGUUAUGGGAUUAAACCCGGGAGACACUGGGAUGGUGUUGACCGCAGUAAUGGUACUGAGAAGGAACUGUUCAAAAGGAUGAAUGAUAAAAGAGCUACAGAGAGGGAAGCAUAUUUGUGGUCCGUAUCUGAUAUGUGA